CUCUCUCUCUUUCUCUCUUUCUGCCUCUGUAUUGCAUUUUGCUCUCCACCAUCCACUUCGGAGCAGCACACCGGACCUGUCGGAGCUGAAGGAAUCUACUCUGCCCGCAAACUUAUGAUAUUAACCCCAAAACCCGCCUAGGAAGGACCAGCACGGAUGAUGCGUUUUGCGCUCCGGCUACUCCAUGAGAGAAGAGACGCGCAAAAGCAGAGAUGGGCUCCGUUCCUGGACUGUGGUCUUGCCAGCCGUGCGGGAAGCGCCGUGACCGCGCCGCGCCGCUCCUACCUGUAGCGCUGCUCCUGCUGCGGCUGUGCGCAGCCUUCAACUUGGACACGGAGACGCGCGUCGUGUUCAGCGGACCGCCGGGCAGCUACUUCGGCUACUCUGUGGAGUUUUUCAACAGCUCACAAAGUGUCAGUGUUUUGAUCGGCGCCCCCAAAGCCAACACCAGCCAGCCCGACGUCAUCGAAGGAGGCGCGGUGUACUUGUGCCCCUGGAGCCAAACCAACUGCAGCAUCAUCGACUUUGACAAGCAAGGUGAUCGGUAUUUUGAUAUUAAUGAUGUGAACACUCAGGUUGAGUUCAAGUCCCGUCAGUGGUUUGGAGCCACCGUGCGUUCCCAUGGAAACGCAGUCCUGGCCUGUGCUCCCAGGUAUUACUGGAGGACUGAACACGACACAGCCUUCGCCGAUCUCACAGGAACCUGCUACCUCUCCGUGGACAGCCUCAAAACGUUUGUGGAGUACGCCCCCUGUCGGACAGAAAGACACGGACCUGCAGGCCAGGGCUACUGUCAGGGCGGCUUCAGCGCCGACUUCACCAAGGAUGGAAAGGUUGUGCUUGGAGGGCCGGGGAGCUUUUACUGGCAAGGUCAGCUGAUCGCCGCCACCACGGACGAGAUCGUCGAGGCCUACUACCCCUCGUACUUCCUGCUGUCUGUCGCCGGGCAGAUCCAGACCCGGCAGGCGCAGGGCAGCUACGAUGACAGUUACCUGGGUUACUCUGUGGCUGGUGGUGAGUUCAGUGGCGAUGAAGAGGAAGAUUUUGUCACAGGGGUGCCAAAAGGACUCAUGCUGUAUGGUUUAGUGUCCAUAUUAAAUGGAAGAGAUCUGAAGUCUGUGCUCAACCUGACAGGCGAGCAGAUGGGGUCUUACUUCGGCUACGCAGUGGCAGCCACCGACAUCAACAACGACGGUCUGGAUGACCUGGUGGUCGGAGCUCCCAUGUUCAUGCGCCGGGGUCCCGACGGGCAUCUGGAGGAGCUGGGUCGGGUGUACGUGUACCUGCAGCGGGGCCCUCUGCUGCUGGAGCCCAGCUGGCCCCACCUCAACGGCUCACAGGCGUUCAGCCGCUUCGGCAGCUCCCUGGGCGCGCUGGGCGAUCUCAACCAAGACGGAUUCAACGACAUGGCCGUCGGCUGUCCCUACGGAGGAGACGACCAGCAGGGAUUGGUUCUCAUUUACAACGGACAUGCCGGAGGACUGAGGGACACGCCCACCCAGACCCUCUCUGGCCAAUGGGCUUCCAGCUCUUUCCCGGCCAGUUUCGGCUUUGCUGUCCGCGGCAACAGAGAUCUGGAUCAGAACGGCUACCCAGAUCUUAUUGUUGGGGCUUUCGGCGUCGACAAAGCCGUGUUGUACAGGGCUCGGCCCAUCGUGAACGCCAGUGCGUCUCUGUCGGUGCAGCCGACCAUGUUCAAUCCAGAGGAGAAGACUUGUGCGGUGUCCAGUGGCAAUGACACCAUCGCCGUGUCCUGUGUCAGCAUCAGUUUCUGCCUGUUGGCUAAUGGGAAGCACCUCCCCUCUCAUCUAGGCUUCGUGGUGGAGGUGCAGCUGGACAGCGUGAAGCGGACCCACAGGGAGUCCAUCAGGAGAACUCUGUUCCUCGACAGCCAGCAGCCGAGCCUUUCCAAGACCUUCCGCCUGGCCAACGGGGGGCGCAUGUGUCACGACGCCAAGAUCUACCUCCGGAGUGACGACGAGUUUCGGGAUAAACUCUCCCCCAUUUACGUCAGUCUCAACUUCAGCCUGGACCCGCGGGCCCCGGUGGACCAGCACGGCCUCAGCCCCAUCCUCAACUAUCAGACCGCCCAGCUCAUAGAGCAGAAGGCCCAGAUUCAGCUGGACUGCGGAGAGGACAACAUCUGCGUCCCCGAUCUCAAGCUGGCUGUUUACGGCGACAGAACGGAGGUUUACCACGGCGAUGAAAACUCCCUGACCCUGACCUUCAACGCCAGGAACGAGGGAGAGGGCGGGGCGUACGAGGCCGAGCUGUACGUGGUGCUUCCACCGGAGGCCGACUACAGCGGGAUAGCACGCAGCAAUGUGAGCCUGACUCAGCUGACGUGCAGCUACGAGACCCAAAACCAGACCCGCUAUCUCGUGUGUGAUCUGGGAAACCCCAUGAAGUCUGGGACCAGUUUAUGGGCUGGCCUUCGGUUCACCGUGCCCAGACUGAAGGACUCCCACGAUGCUGUGCAGUUUGAACUCCAAAUACGCAGUAAAAAUGAGAAUAACUCGCAGAGUGAAGUGGAGCUGUACGACCUGGAGGUGGCCGUGGUGGCUGAUGUUAUUCUGCAGGGCGUUUCUCGGCCGGACAAGGUCGUGUUUCCUCCUCCCGGCUGGAAAGUGAGCCCGAGCCCGCGAGAGGAGCAGGACGUCGGCCCUGAGCUGCAGCAGGUCUAUGAGUUGGUGAAUAACGGCCCCAGCAGGGUCAGCCAGGCAGUUUUGGCGGUGAAGUGUCCCCUCAGGGCCCACGGCCACGAGCUGCUCUACCCUGUGGAGGUGAUCACUCAGGGGCCGCUCCGCUGCUCCUCCAACCACACCUUCAAUGCACUGAAGCUCAAGCUCCUGCCUCCAGCGACGGAGAGGCCGCCCUCGCCGACGUCCAGCUCUGAGCACCACAUCCAGAGGAGGGAGCUGCUCCACGACCCGCUGGCUGAACAAGGCAACCUGUCCUGUGCGACAGUGGAGUGCUGGCAGCUGCAGUGUAGCGUGGGACUUCUGGAGAGAGGAGCCAGUGUCAUCCUGACCGUUCGCUCCAGGCUCUGGGCGGAAACCUUCAUCGAGAGGCCCUACAGGCAGUUCGUUCUGGAGUGCUCUGUUCAGUACCGGGUGGACAGGAUGCCUUAUUCCAUUACGCCCAAAUUCAAACCAUCUGGAUCCAAAAAGGUGGUGACGGCGGUGGUGUGGAACAAGCCGGACAGCCAGUUCUCUGUCCCGGUGUGGAUCAUCAUCCUGGCCAUCCUGGCUGGGCUGCUGUUGCUCGCUCUGCUCAUAUACCUACUGUACAAGAUUGGCUUCUUUAAAAGGUCGGAUCCAUACGGUACAACCAUGGAGAAAGCCCAGCUCAAACCCCAGGCGUCCUCCGAGGCCUAGACCCACGGAGCGAGAGCCUAACCUGCAGCUGUUCCAGAAAACUGGAAGGUCAUUACAUUUCCAAAUGAAUGGCUCAACUUGUUAAUGAAAAGCAGGCAUCCCAUUUCUGAAGGGACAAUUAUGGGAGCCGUACCACUGGAAUAUUUGAUACCUGGUGCUGCACUAAAAUGCCGAAGCAGGAAAGAGUUCAGGGGCCAUGCAAUUACAGCUGAAAUUGCAGCUUUUUAUUUUCUUCCCUCCAUGUGUUAAAUCAGCAGGAUGUAUGAUGCUUCCACAGAGACAGCAACACAAGGACUUCUUCUCACAAGCCCGGCGCCUUGUGAAGAAAACGUUGAACAGGAAAAUGACGAGAACGUCACGCCUUCCAUGGAAACAGGAAAACAAACGCGACUGCACGUGGUUAAUACAACAAAAAGCACCAGUGCUACUUCUGCAUUCAUGCAGAAGUGUAAUUGGCAAUCCCAGUGUUAGAUAUUUCUUGAAUUUCCUGCUUUUGUAUAAUCUAUACACCACUCAUUAUUUAUGGCACAAUGUUUUCCUAUUGAUUGUUGAAUGUUAUACUGUACUGUGUGUGCAGGAGAAUCCUGAUUAAAAAUACAAUGUUUAACUUGAAUCAUCUCUCUCCCAUAUUGGGAGGUAUUUUGCGUAUGUUGUAAAAUAUGUGUGUAAUGUCCUCGUUGCGUUAUGACCCAUUGGUGUUG